AUGAUUAAUCUAUUUUUUCGAUUGAAAAUAUUUAAUCAAUCUACUAGAAAAAUACCAGAUGACGAGAUAGAUAUUAAGAUAGAAGAAGGUUAUGAUGAAUUUAUCAAAGAAUAUAGAUCGAGAUAUGAAUGGGAUAAUAAAGAGAAUUCUGGAUUUAUAUCAGA